UAUCUAUUCAACUACACCUUCAACAAGUUGUACUUCGAAAUAUCUUCUCGCAAUCGGAUCAAUUGGUUGGUCGUGUGAGCGGUUAUUGAACACUGGUUAAUUUGGCGGGCGUGGUAACGCCGCUGGUCGAGCUCUAUACGACCAAACUACGAGUGACAAUCCAUCAACUUCACACUCGCAUCAGUUUGUAGAUUCAUCUGCUUAUCCCUUCAAGGCUUCAUCCGACAAAAUGGUAGAUUCACACCCACCACCACUGUCUUCGUCGACCACAUCAUCUCAGCAUCAAUCAUUAUCUCGACCUGGUUCCGGCUCGAACACAGAAUGGUCAUCGGGGAUCCAACAUCCGAAUCGCCGUCCAUAUAAUCCCACGCUAGAAACUGCGCGAGAUUUACCACCUCCACCCUAUCCAUCCCCUACUUCAACGCAACAUGUUGGCUUCCCGGCGCAGUUCAGCGCAAAACGCGCCUCCCGAAUUCGUUCCAUCGAGCACAGUCUCCACACCUACCGUGGGACCUGUCAGUCAGCCAACAUCUCAAACAUCAUACGCUUAUGAUGAUUCCAACAUCGCCAUGAUUGCUGCGAUUGAUUGCGGGCUUGAUGUCCGGCCGUUAUACGGCGAUCCACGGCAGAUCAGAGGUUCGGACGACGUGCGAGGUUCAUAUUACACCAACAGCCAACCACCUGCUUCAUCUCAUUAUCACGUUGGUCCCAUCUUACCAAGCCACUUUCCACACGUUUCUCCGUCUUUUCCUCACAAUCAAAGUGCGGUUGGUGGACCUGUUCGGCGAGUCUCUACGUUUGCCGACGGCCGGAUGCUUUAUAACACAAACCCGCCGGUGUCCGAUCCCACCACUCGGACAAAUUAUAGCGGGAUUCCUAUCAAUUCUUACUCGCUCCAACAUCACAAUCAUGAAGGGGCACCCACGCCAUCAUCAGCCUGGUCGCAUACCACCGUUGAUUCAGUAAGGGAUUCUGUUAGCCCAUAUACUCGACCCCGUCCUGGUGAACAUGGAGGUGGACGCAAUAACAACUGUCCGACCAACAACUCUACGGCUUCCAACGCUUCCUCCCGUUUAGGGCCUACGUCGGCAGCCAACAUGCCAGGUGGAAUGCAAUACAACGCCCAAGGUCGACCAUUGGCCUAUAUAUGCAAUACAUGUAUGCGUGCUUUCGACCGACCCAGUGCUUUACAGAUUCACGAGCGCAGUCAUACCGGAGAAAGACCCUUUCCAUGUCCUUGGAAUGGUUGCAUCAAAAGAUUCACCACUCAUUUCCACUUUUUCGUUCGUGAGAAGAACAGCUUAUUGAAUCAAAUUCACAACAGGGUAACAUGGUUAAGCAUUCUCGAGUCUGUCCUUUUCGAGAACCAGAAGAAUCUUGAACAAUAG